AAUGGCAUUGCCUCGCAUAACGGAUUUUGAUAUAUUGGAAAAAUUGGGUGAAGGCAGCUAUGCCACGGUGUACAGAGCCAGGCACAAGAAAAGCAAAACAUGUCAUGCCAUCAAAUUUGUGGAGAUGUCCUCCUUAUCGGACAGUUCCCGAGAGAAUCUAAUUACGGAAAUUCGCCUGCUAAGGUCAUUGAACCACAAACACAUUGUAACGCUACAGGAUUUCUUUUGGGAUGAUAAGAACAUUUACAUUGUGCUGGAAUACUGCAAUGCGGGUAGCCUCUCGUCUUUUAUACGUUCAAAAAAAUCACUGCCUGAGGCCACCUGCAAGUAUUUCCUACGUCAACUGGCCUCUGCUGUGCAAUAUAUGCGCAACAAUGAAAUUAGUCAUUUCGAUUUGAAACCUCAGAAUCUAUUGCUGACCAAAUACAAUAAUAAUAAUGUUUCGUUGAAGGUGGCAGAUUUUGGAUUUGCCCAGCAUUUAAAAUUGGGUGAAAUAAAUCAACAAUUGAAGGGAUCACCCUUGUAUAUGGCACCGGAAAUAAUACGCAAGCAAAGGUAUGAUGCCAGGGCUGACCUGUGGAGUAUAGGUGUUAUCUUAUAUGAAUGUUUAUUUGGACGUGCCCCAUACUCUUCGAAAACCAUCGAAGAGUUACUGGCACGCAUACAAAACUGUGAACGUAUAACAUUGCCGCCCAAUGCACGCAUCAGUAAAGAGUGUGAAGACCUGCUCAGUCGUUUGUUACAACAUGAUCCAGCCAAGCGUAUAGCCUUUAAUGAUUUCUUUAAUCAUGCAUUUCUUGAUCUCAAAACAGUGCCCUCAGAAAAGACCCUUCAAAAAGCCAUUGAUUUGGUCACCCAGGCCGUGGAAUAUGAUGAAAAGAAAAACUACAAAGAGGCCUAUUACCUCUAUUGCAGUUCCCUGCAAUAUUUUGUACCCUUGAUUACGGAUGAACCGGAUGCCACCAAACGUAUGGCUUUACGUCAAAGAGCUCAAACUUAUCUUAAGCGUGCGGAGGAAAUAAAAAACGUUUUAAUUGAAGAGGAAUAUAAAGCGUUGGCCUUGAGACAAGCCAGAAGUGGUCAGGAGUCUAUUGCUGCUGCUUCGUCGACAAGUGGAAACCCCAGUGCCGCAACAAACACAACAACAAAUGUAGUAGCACAAGCCUUAGAACCGGAAACACGUUACAAACAACUUUAUGCUCUCUCACACUCCAGUCCUUCUCUAAAAUCUGGCCUUGAAAUUGGACGUCAAGGUGAGUUGUAUUUAUUUGAGCGAAAAUAUGAAGCUGCAUUGGAAUCAUUUACAUCGGCUCUGGGUAUAUUGGUGCCAUUUUUAAAUAAGGAACCCAAGGGUGAACGAAGAUCUUUGCUACUGCAACAGUUGGAUUUCUGGAUGAAAGAAGCCGAAAGUAUAAAGAGUCUUUUAAGCGCCAAGGAUAUCGAAGAUGAUCACAAACUUAGCCAUUCGGUACGCAGUUGCUGUAUUCAGUAGAAUAG